AGUCCUCAGGUUUGAACAUAUGGGCAUGCAUAGAGCGAUUCAGCAGUGAUCUAAAACCUCACGUGACGCAGUUCAUCCUCCCUAAACUGGUGUAAUACAUAUUUUUUUCCCUGUUGAUUGUAAACACGCAAAACUCAACGAGAAACGGGAAAACCCAACAAAAACGCAUAUUUAGAUAUUUUUCAUACAUCCAUACAUCCAUACUCUUCAUCAAGGCAACACACUCACCGACAAAGCACGAUGAAUAUCUUGCAUAUUGUUCUGGCGCUGUUGGUGAGCAAGGUGGCGCUGCAGUACGCCAUCUGCGCAGCCUGCGUGCUGGCACCGCUUUACGCGUUUGUGCUGAAGCCAGUAUUGCGCUGGGCUCGAUGCCGCGCAUGCGGUGCGGCGGCGACAGGCACUGUUGUGGCACCGACUAGCGCAGUCGCACACGACACCCCGGUGCGUCUUUCCACGGUCAGCUCCAGAGGCUUCCUCUCACCCACGUCUGCGAGUGCUACACCUCUGCAGGGCACCCCCGUAUUCCUUUCGUCGCCGGGAGCGCGUGCGUCACGCCAGCGCAGUGGAAGCGGCAGUGGUCCGCAUUCUUCCGCCUCCCCUGCCCGUUUCGGCUCCAGGGACGGGUCGAGGUCGCUGCGGCCCUCGCUGGAAGUGACCGGCACCGCAGUCCGCGUAGGGGAGGAGCCUGUGGAGGUGGAGGAGUACCGCUCUCCCACCAAGCGCUUUGUGUCUGCCCUGAAGCGGCACGUGCAGCAGCGCGGUGCGGCCAUCUUUGGCAAGGACGACUCCGCCCUUCGUGCCGCCGUGGCCUCUGGAGAGGUGUUUAUCCACCGCCCCGCUCGCCGGCUGCCCAGCCAGGACUACCUCGCCUUGCGCCUGCUGCGUCGUCGGCAACUGCAGGCCCUCUAUGACGAGCUCAACAUCACGGAAGCCUCACUGGAUGACCUUUACGCCAGUCCGAAGUUUCUGGAGUGGUACGGGGCAAACCGCGAGGAACUGCUCCGCGAUGCGCAGCUGCGCGAGUCCUUCUAUCGGUGGCGCAGCCUGGCGAGAGCGGUGGUUCUGCUGAUGGCGUUGCUGCUGCUGCCCGCCUUCAGCUUCAGCACCGACACAAACGCCGUGCAGUGGCGUACGUCUCUGGCGUUCAGCUCCAGCAACACGGGUGUAGCGCCAGCGACGGUGGCCUCCGCGCCGUUUGCGCAGUUGCUGCUGACGCGCAUGAGGUACAUUCAAAAUGCGCGGUCCGCAGAGGCAGUCGCGACGCGCGCCCUUCCUUUUGCGUCGUACAUGCGCGCUGACGUGCGCACGCUUGUGGCCUCCGUGGUGGGCAUGGCGGAGUGGGUGGCCAUCGUGGCGGCUGUGUGCUCCCUCGUCACGAGCUGCUUCAUGCCUCGUGGAAGCCGCCGCACUGCCUCCGUUGCCUUCACCGCGUUCCUCGUAGUGCUGAUUGAGUCCGCGCUGGUCCCUGGCGUGUCCGUGGGGCUGGGUCUUGGGAGUUUUCUUAUUGUAAUCGUUGUGGCCACAACGAUUCGCCGUGCCGCGGAGUAG